CAUGGACCUGCUGUUCUUGCUGCUCCGCGGGCUGCGGCUGGCGCUGGACCUGCUGCUGCUGCUGCUGGACGUCAACUUCCUCCUGGUGUCCUCGCUCGUGUCCGCGCUGUUCUGGCUGCUCGCCGCCGUCUGGAGCCUGCCCGCGGCCGCCACGGCCGGCGCGCUGGCCUGCUGGGACGGGCUGCUGCUGUCGCUGGCCUCCGUGGAGCGAGCGGCGCUGGGCGCCCUGCAGGGCCUGGCCGCGGCUCUGCGCGGCUGCUGCUGCGGCCUGGAGGGGCUCAAGGUGCUGGGGCACCUCCUGUCGCACCUGGCGCUGCGGGGCAAGGAGCUGCUGCACCGUGAGCUCUGCGGGCUGCUGGGCUGCGGGCAAGUGGUGGCCAGGCACGUGUGCGAGGGCCUGGCCAUCGGCACCAGCCUGCUGGCUUACCUGGUCAACAGCCUGGUCAACGUGUGCCUCAUCGGCACGCAGAACCUCUUCACCCUGGCCGCGGCGCUGUGGGAUUCCCUCGCCAGCCCCUUGCUCAGGGUCACCGACCUGCUGGCCGCUUUCCUGGCUCACAUCUCCAGCGGGGCCAUCGCCGUGUCCAUCCUGCUGUGGUCCCCGUGCCAAAUGGCCUUCGAGCUCCUGGCUGCCAUCGCCCAGCUCUUCGUCACCACCUUCUUCGUGAAUAUCUACGGCCUGGGCUUGCUCAUCCUCAUUAUUGCUGUCGGCGCCUUCGUCUUCAACCCAGGGCUGCUGUGGACGCUGACGGACUGCGUGCUGGGUUACUUCAACACGCUGCCUUCCUACCACCGCCUGCAGCGGGACGUGUGGCGGCUCUAUCAGGUGGCAGUGCUGACGCUGGGUAUGGCCAUGACCUCGCAGACCUGGCGCAGGGUGGUGGACUGGAGCCUGCAGGUGACCAACUGGAGCCAAGGGGGCAGAAUGGUGAACAGGGAGAGCAACCAGCGAGGGGCAGCUGAGCCUGCCCUGAGAUACGCAGCUCCUGGCAGGCCGAUGCUGGCAGGGGUUGCUCAGUGGCCUGCAGAGCAUGAGGAUGAUGAGGAUGCUGAGGAUGCUGAGGAGGUACCGCAAGCGCGCCCUGCUCUGGGUCGAAGCGUGUCAGGACAGCGUCUGCAGCCACACAGGGAGGAGCCGGGUACCUCCUGGGGGAAAGCUCAGAGGAGGCAGCAGCUGAACGCAGGGGCUGGGGAUGCGGAUAACGACCCCUGGAUGCUCCUGAAAGAACAAGAGGAACGCAAGAAAUGCGUCAUCUGUCAAGACCAAACUAAGACCAUCCUGCUUCUGCCCUGCAGGCACCUGUGCCUGUGUCAGGAGUGCACAGAAGUCCUCCUGCAGCAGGCCAUCUACCAGCGCAACUGCCCACUGUGCCGCCAGAUGAUCCUCCAGACGCUCAACGUGUACUUGUGAGCCCAUGGGGUGGGUGGCUUGGGUCACUUGGGCACCUCACCCCUGUCUGCCUCUUGCCAGGAAGCAGAACUUCCCAGGGCUGCUUUGAGCAGCUUCCAAAGAACUAAGGAUGGUGCUGAAAGGGCAAAAGGCUUUUAGGGGUGUCUGCUAGCCACGUUUGCUACGGAACUAACUGUAGCUCUUGCUAGCAAGCACCAUAACUGAUCUCUGCAGCGGGCUCAGUUAUCUUUCCUUUUGUUGACAACUGCUGUUCCAGGGCCUGUUGCCUGCAGCAGUCUCAGUUUCAGAGUGCCAGAAGGAUGCUCUGGUUCCUUCUAGCCAAAGGUGGUGGCAGGUUUCAAUGCUGUGCCCUCCUGGGAGUCAGAGGAGCUGGUGCAAGGUAAAGGGAGGAUUUUUCCCAAGGUCUGCCCAGGAAAACCACCUGGCAGACUGCAUUCAGGUCUCUGUUACCUCCUCCCACCAUCUAUGGGAGCUCAUUGGGAAGGGAGAUGUGUGCUCCCGUUGCAAGGCCCUAGGAGAGCAAUGAGCACACUCGAGUUAAAUGUGCUAAGCCUGGCUUUCAGCUAGAGAAGAGCAGGGUUUCUGGGGUUCUUUAGCAUCCCAGCCACCAUGGCUUUGGUUUUUGAGCUUCCUGUUCCCCUAGCCAGGACAAUGAGGAGCUGUGACCAUCGCAGGCUCCUUGCAGGCCAUAGCUGACUGCAGAGCCCAGUGUUGCUGCUGCUUCCGUGCAUCACCUAUGCAAGACUAGCAAGCACACAUCAGAUUACUCACGUGGGGAGGCCAGAGGGAGUUACUUGUGCUGCUGCUGGGGAAACCCGAGGGCCCUGGCAGCACGCAUCUGAGCCAAUGCUGGAGAAUCUUCUCUGGAGAACACAUCUUCAGGCCCUUGGGACUGGGUAGCGCACACCAGUGCUUGCUUGCUGCCUCCCAGGCUGGGCUGCUUAAAGGGAGUCACGUUCUGGGAGGAGAUUGGGACACCCCAAAGCCCCUGGGAGCCCAUUGAGACAUUCCCGCUCCAGGCACAAGUCCUGCAUAUCCAUUGUG